GUAACUUUUAUUGUAAUUAAACCAAUUAAAACUACUUUAAUUGCUACGUGAAACACCUCGUAUAGGAUUGCAUUUAUAAACUUAAUCCAACUCUUACUGAAUUAUCAAUAAUCCUUGCCGUAUUAUAACCCCAAAAGCCAAGUUCUUCAUAUUUCAUUUUCUUCAUUAGUGUAUUAAGAUUGAUUUAAGGUAUAUAUCUUAUUAUACUUGGAAAAUGACUUUCAUUUCAACUAAUUUUCGUCAUUCAUUUUGAACAUUAUCUUUUAAGCAGUGAAUCUAUAUAUAUUGCAUAUACCCAAUGACCUUAAAAUAAAUAAUUAAUAGUAGAGAUAAACUUAAUAACAAUAAUAAUAAUUAUGAGAAAAUAAUGUCAUAAUAAGUACAUGGAUAAAUAUUUUCUUUGUAACAAAACGAUCUUGAUCUUCUCGUAAUUGAUGUAAUCCACGGUUUCAUAUAUGUUCUUAUAAUCGAAAUAAUAUUAAUGUUUUUAAUUUGUAUAUGAAAAAUCUUUUUGUAAGUUGUUUUUUCUUGGAAUCCUUAAAUAUUAAGGAUUAUACAAUUUUAUGUGGAGUACAUUUUUUUAUUGUAAUGUGAUUACUAAAAUAUUGAUUUGUGCUAGAAAUUAAUAGAUAGAUAAACGCAGUGAAAUUAGUGCGUUUUUAUUUUUCCUCUUUAUUAACAUUUGAUAUAGUUUUUAUACUGAUAAAAUAUAAAAAAAAGUAUAAAUAAGAUUUGAAAAUGUUCAAAGGGCAAUUAGGACAAAUUCAAUCAAUCGACUUAAAUAGAAAAACAUAGAACAAACAGAAACAAGUACUUUAAUCGAGAGCAUUCAAAAAUACAUAAUAAUCAUCGAUUGACCUUAGAGGGUUUUCCUUUAUGGGUUGACCUUAAAGGGUUUUUCCUUUCACCAUUCUCAACGUCUAAUGUCUAUAGAAAUAUCAAUUUUUAGUUUCCGUUCGAUACAAUAUAUGACAGAGCAAAGAUUAUGUAGUCUAUUUUUUUCACAAUUUUUGAAAUGGAGUCCUUAUAGUUUUCUCUUUUACAAAAUAAUUAAAGAAAAUUAUAUCAACAAUAAAAAAUUUUAACAACGAAAUAUAUAAAAUAAAACAAUUUACACUUAAAUAUUCGUUCAUAAAACGGCAAGAACAACACAAGUUUUAUCCUAACACUUAUAUAGUGUAUAAUUUAUUUAUCUCCAAUGAAAUGGUAGGUAAUAAAAAAAAGUAACCCCAUUUCAACGCAACAUGUGGCAUCAUAUUCGGAUACAUUUGACAAAACCAUUGAUUAUUUCUAACAAAGAUAAUAUAAUGUGGACACAGAAUAUGCCAGACCAAUUCAUUAUACAAAUAUUAAUCACUUUCUAUCUUUAUCAAUCUCCACAAUUUUCAGGUGUAGAUGUAUAGACGUGUAAUAGACUUUUGCUAAAUCCCAUUAUAUAAACUGUUUACCAAACACAAAUUUCUGGGAAAACCCCAAAAAAUUAAGAAAAACCCAGAAAAAGAAAUCCAAAAAUGGAGGAAAAUGAAACCUUAUUGCAUAGAAAUCAAAACAAAGUAUACGAUAGAGUUUUGUCUCAUGCACAAGAUGAAUUACAUAGUUUUCGGUAUUAUUUGAGUUGGAUGUGUGUAGACCAAUCAAAUUAUAUUUAUGCAUUUCUAUCUUGGUCUGUAUUUAUCAUAUUUACAAUCAUAGUCCCUAUAAUUUCCCAUUUUUACCUUACUUGUCCUUCUUGUGAUGCUUUGCAUCUCCAACCAUAUGAUGCAGUUGUGCAGCUUUCUCUUUCCAGCAUUGCAGCUUUGUCUUUUGUUUGUUUAUCUCAGUUUGUGAGGAAGUAUGGUGUUAGAAGGUUCUUGUUCUUUGAUAAACUUGUUAAUGAGAGUGAUUCUGUUAGGCAUCAUUACACUACCCAGCUCAAUAGAUCACUGAACAUAUUGUGUGUCUUUGUCCUCCCAUGUUUUGUAGCUGAAUGCACCUAUAAAGUCUGGUGGUAUGCUUCUGGGGCCUCCCAAAUUCCGUUCUUGGGCAACGCCAUAUUGAGUAACAUUGUAGCGUGUUCGUUGGAGCUAAUCUCGUGGAUUUAUCGGACCUUGAUCUUUUUUCUGGUUUGCAUCCUCUUCCGUCUGAUAUGUUACCUCCAAAUCCUACGACUGAAGGACUUUGCAUCGGUGUUUGAGGUAGAUUCGGAUGUGGCUUCCAUUCUCGUUGAGCACCUUCGCAUUAGAAGGCACUUAAGGAUCAUAAGCCAUCGUUAUCGUGCUUUUAUUCUAUGUGCCUUGAUAUUAAUCACCUUAAGCCAACUUACUUUUCUUCUGUUGACUACCAAACCUAAUGCUGAUGUGAGCAUUUUCAGGGCCGGAGAACUCGCUCUCUGCUCGGUGACUCUACUGGCAGGACUCAUGAUAAUACUGAGAAGUGCCACAAAGAUCACACAUAAGGCGCUGGCAAUCACCGCUCUUUCUGCUAAAUGGCAUGUGUGUGCAACCAUCGACUCCUUCAUCACCUCCGAGACUGAAUUACCUGGAGCUCAAAACAUCGGUAAUUCAGGGAGUUUUGAUGCUAGGAGUGGAGAUUCAGAUGCUGACGAUGCUGGGGACGAAGAAGAUGAUGUCGACAACACAAAGUUUCUCCCGGCUUAUACCAACAGCUCAAUCUCCUUCCAGAAACGACAUGCUCUCGUGACAUACUUUGAGAAAAACAGAGCUGGGAUUACAUUGUACGGAUUUAUGUUGGAUAGAACGUGGCUCCAACUCAUUUUCGGUGUCGAGUUAUCCUUAGUACUCUGGUUGCUCAAACAAACUAUCACUAUUGCAUGAUCUAUGUAUCAAACUCGAGUCAUCAGAGCUUCGGAUGCACUCUAACUCGCCCUUAUUUUUUGUGAAGCUCGCUCUUUUCGUGUCUUUCAUUCAUAUCGAGUGAUUUUUGUGCAUCAAGGCUGCUUUGUAAAAGAAAAAACCGAGUUUUAGUGUCAAUCGGUUUGGCCUUCCGGCUAAGCGAAGAGAGCUUCACCAUUUUGUUCGAUAGCUGUUAUAUAUCGUAUAGUGAGCUAUGCCAUUUUGUUGAUAAUUGUAAUACGUUAGACCUUACUAGUCCUAUACAAGUGUGUGAUUUAUCUGAAGGCUGUAAAAAUCAUCUCAAGUGUAAUAGUGUAUGUUUGUGAUAUGAUUAUGUGUUGUAAUCUAAUGAGUUAUGUUUGUGUAUAUUGCAGCAUUGUUUCUGGUUUCUUUUGUCAACUUUUAGUUUUUAUUUUCGAUUUUGCUUUAAUACUUGAUAAGUUUUCUCCAAAUUGGGUGCUGAAUUAAAAUUCUUGAGAGCACAAACUUGG